CCAACACAUGCUAAUGACUCCUGAGUCCUGCAAAGAGUAUAAAAGCCCAACUUGGGGACAUACAGUAUGUUGACUAAAUCACUCAACAUGAAGCUGCUCACAACUCUUCUCUUGGGCUUUGUACUUUGCCUCGGUGCAUCACUGUCACUUGCCGAUGUCGCUGGAGAAGCGCGUCCGAAAAGUCACUGUGAGUUGCACAGAGAUGGUAUACAGCUCACAAGUUCAGCGGGUGCUCCACUGGUAGGAGCGUUUGUUCCUCAGUGUGAUGCCAAUGGAGAGUAUACUCCACGACAGUGCCACGGUUCCACUGGGCAUUGUUGGUGUGUAGACACCCGAGGACAAGAAAGACCUGAUACUAGAAGUCCUCCAGGGGCAACGAGCAUCCAGUGUGAAAAAACAGACCCUCCUAAAAGCCAUUGUGAGCGGCACAGAGACGGCGUGCAGACCACUAGUCCAGAUGGUUUACCAAUUUUGGGAGUCUUUGUACCUCAGUGUGACGAUAACGGGCACUACAUCCCUAAGCAGUGUCAUGGUUCCACUGGGCAUUGUUGGUGUGUGGACAGCCAAGGACAAGAAAGACCUGGCACUAGAAAUCCUCCAGGUGCACCAGCUAUCGACUGUGCAAGCACAGGGUCGUAAGAUGCUGGAGCCACUCCCAGCUAACUUCGGGCGAGCUGCACGCCUGUCUGUUGACGGGCACAGACACAGACAGAAAACCAUUAAGAUAAUUUCUCAUUCAACUUAAUGGUGAAAUAAAAGCAAAGCAAAUCCAAA